CCUGCUCCUCCUCUCCUUUCCCCUACAACUAGUACGCCACGUCCCCCACCUGCCCUCCGGCCCUCCCCAAAUCUAAGUGAGCGAGAAAGGCCCUAAAACCCUAACCUUCACGAAUCCGAUCCCGCCGCCCGAGAGCGGAAGCCGCCGCCGCCAUGGACAUGGGAGCGAUGAGCGACCCGGAGAGGAUGUUCUUCUUCGAGCUGGCAUGCAAGAACGCCGAGGUCGCCUACGGCCAGAACCCCCUCGACGCCGACAACCUGACGCGGUGGGGCGGCGCGCUGCUGGAGCUGUCGCAGGUGCGGAACGGCCCUGAGAGCCUCAAGUGCCUCGAAGAUGCAGAAUCCAAGCUGGAGGAAGCACUGAAAAUUGAUCCCAACAAGGCUGAUGCACUCUGGUGCUUGGGAAACGCUCAGACCUCUCAUGGAUUCUUCACUCCAGAUACUGUUAAGGCAAAUGAGUUCUUUGUAAAGGCAACCGAGUGUUUCGAGAAAGCUGUUGAUGUGGAACCUGCAAAUGAGCUGUACAGGAAGUCUUUGGACUUGUCAUCUAAGGCACCUGAACUGCAUUUGGAGAUCCAUAGGCAAAUGGCUUCUCAGGCGACACAAGCAUCCUCGGCCGCAAAUCCAAGGCAAUCAAGGAAGAAAAAGAAGGAUAGUGACUUCUGGUAUGAUUUUUUCGGAUGGGUGAUUCUUGGUGCUGGCAUUUUUGCUUGGGUUGGACUGGCCAAAGCUAAUGCCCCUCCACCGCCACCGAGGUUUUAACUGGAUCCACUGCGGACGAUACCUUACAAAUGGCAUGCCUAUGUCCAGUGCCUCAGACGUGAAUCUUGCUAGGAGUUUGUUUAUGUAUGGAGAGGAAAUGGUGUUUCUUCGUGCCUGUUUUCCUUUGCAGCCUUGAUGAGGUUUAUCAUCGAUGUACGCUGCUGGAUAAUUUUCUACUUGUUUACCUUACUAUUGUUUUGAGGCUGAAACCCUAUGUUUCGAUAUAUUUUUGCUCAA